AUGACCUCAAAAGCCUCUACCGUCCCCCAAUGGGUCCAGCAGCUGCAGUCGCCCCCAGCCGCAAAGUCCAAGGCACCGGGCAUCGUUGACCCGCCAGGCUUCGCUGGUUCUGGUGGCAACAAGAAGCAAAAGGAUUCCAAAACUACGCCACGAAAGCCCCCGACACACGAUGAAAUGGACACCCUCAAGCUGAAGAAGGCUUGGGAGGUUGCGCUAGCGCCUGUCAAGUCUCUGCCCAUGACGUUGAUCAUGAUGUACAUGUCCGGCAACUCUCUACAGAUAUUCAGCAUCAUGAUGGUCUUUAUGGCCUUCAAGAACCCCAUCAUGGGCCUUGCCAAUACCAAUCAGGCCUUUGAGCGCUUUCAGACCGAGACCAACUCUAGCAAGAUUCUUCAGACCAAGUUUGUGUAUGUGGUUAUGCAGCUUGCCGCGCUGGGGGUGGGUAUCUGGAAAAUAAACGGGAUGGGUCUUUUGCCAACAACACGCUCAGACUGGUUGAUGUGGGAGGCUCAAAGAGAGGCCGUGGAGCACGCUAUUCCGGCUCUAUAA